GACCUGCUAGUGUGGUUUGUGCUGAGACGCUGAGGCAGGAAGGCUUCACCGGCCUGGUGACGAUGAUCACUCGCGAGCACUUCCACCCCUACGACAGGCCCAAGCUGAGCAAGAUGAUGGACACCACAGCGGAGGCUAUGAGCCUGCGUCCUCCUGAAUUCUACCAAGAACACGACAUCACCGUGCUCACGGGGACGGAGGCCGUGUCCGUAGACAUCCGUAGUCGGCUUGUCACUCUGUCCUCGGGGUCUACGCUGGCUUACGACAAACUCCUCAUCGCUACAGGGGCGACGCCACGUGUCCUCUCCUGCCCUGGUGCCCACCUCGAGGGAGUCUUCACCCUGAGGUCUCCGGACGAAGCCAAUCGCAUCGCGAGCAUGGCCGCCGGGGCUAACCUCGUGGUCGUGGGCUCGUCGUUCAUUGGGAUGGAGGUGGCCGCGUCUCUCUCGGACAAGGCCCACUCUGUCUCUGUGGUGGGAUCGUCGGACGUGCCCUUCAAGCGGACACUCGGCGUGCUGGUGGGACAGGCCAUCAUGAAGCUGUGUGAACGUCACGGGGUCAAGUUCUACAUGAGUCACGAGGUGUCGGAGCUCCGUGGCGUGGACGGACGUCUCAGGGAAGUGAAACUGAAGAGCGGCAAAGUGCUCAGGGCCGACGUCUGCGUCAUGGGCAUCGGGGUCGUCCCCUCCACAGGGUUCCUCAAGCACAGCGGCAUUCACCUGGACUCACGCGGACACAUCCCUCUAGAUAAGUCCCUACAGAGCAAUGUCCCUGCUGUGUAUGCUGCUGGUGACGUGGCUAGUUUCCCACUGCCACUCCGUGCAGGCAAGAGGGUCAACAUCUCUCACUGGCAGGUCGCUCACGCACAUGGCCGUGCCGUGGGCCUGGCAAUGAUGAACCGGGAGGUCGAGUUCAAGACGGUGCCAUUCUUCUGGACCGCGCUGUGUGGCAAGAGCCUCCGAUACACCGGCUAUGGAGACGGUUUUGAGGAUGUGCUCAUUCAGGGUGAUCUGGACGAGUUGAGAUUUAUCGCUUACUACAUAAAGAAUGAGGAUGUAGUGGCCGUGGCCUCUAUGAACUGGGACCCUGUGGUGUCGCACUUUGCCGAAGUGAUGAACUCCGGUGGCACGGUGACGAGGAGAGACGUGGAGAGCAGCGACCUGCCCUGGGUGAAGGAGCACGAGCAGAUGAAAUUCUAAACGUCGCCGCUCGCUCACCGCUCGCUCACCGCUCGCUCACCGCUCGCUCACCACUCGCUCACCACUCGCUCACCACACUGUCCACUCGCUCACCACUCGCUCA